AUGAAGGAGGCAAGCUGCCACGACGAGAAGAUGGAGGCGUACUGCAAUGCAGUGCGUCGCCUCGAGGACAAGUUUGACGGGCUCGAGCUCAACCACAUCGCGCGCAAGUACAAUGAGGAAGCGGACCAGCUAGCCAAGAUCGCGUCCAGGCGGACCACCGUUCCCCCGAACGUCUUUACCCGCAACCUCGCUAAGCCGUGUGUCGACUUCAAGAACCCUGCAGAAGCCGUCGGGGCGGCGCCCGGACCAUCAGGGGCUGCGACUAUGGGGCCAUCGGCCGGGGACCCCUCGACGGAGAAGCCCGAGGCCAUGGACACUGACUUCGAGACCACCUCUGUGGACGAGGCCGAAGCAAUGGAGAUCGAUGAGGCCCCGCCUCCGCGAGAUUGGCGCACCCACCCCUCGGGCGUUCUGCAACGGUGCAUCCCCAUCCCCGAGGGCAAGGAGCUGAUUCGAGACAUACACGCCGGCAUCUGCGGUCACCACGCGUUUUGGCAGGGCUUUUACUGGCCCACUGCGGUCGCCGACGCCACCAACGUCAUGCGGACCUACGAGGGUUGCCAGUUCUACGCCCGGAAGACGCACCUCCCGGCACAUGCUCUGCAAACCAUCCCCAUCACAUGGCCUUUCGCCGUGUGGGGAAUAGACCUCGUCGUCCCGCUGUAG